CGUCCCGGCCCAGGGAGGGUGGCGGGGGCGGAAGGGCGCUAGCAGUAACCAGAGGUACCAUAAAGAAUUCUCCCCCACUGUGCGGUUCCCAUUUCACAGACAAGACAGCGGAGGCCCUGGGAAGGCCGGGCCUUGCCCACGCUGCCGCGCCUGGGAAGCAAGCCCAGGGUGUUAUCCAAGGGGAGGUGGAAUGCAGUGGUGGUUUUAAAAUGCCAGAAGCCUAGGAACCCAAAGGCCUCAGCAGGCUGGCACCUCCCCACCCCCGCCGGCGGCUCUUAGAGGCCGAAGAUUGAGGGUCGUGAUCAACUCACUAUACCACUGGAAGCCACGAAACCUGAGCACAGAGGUUAACUUCCCUGAGGACCCACAGCAGCAGAGAUUUCAAUCAAUAUUUUAAAGGCAGGCGCGAUCCUUGGCCUUUCGGGGCUCAGAACGCUACGGAAGCCCGGCGGCCAGGAGGGGUUGGGCUCCCGCUCCAUAGCGGCUCCCCUCCCCAGGCCAGCACGCGGCCAGGCGGAGGAAACGCCGGAGCUCAGAGAGCACAGAGCCCGGCCAUUGGGCAGCCGCCUGACCCAGGAAGCACAGAGCGAGCUCCCACUUCGUCUUCAUGGAUUCCCAGCCCAGCUGCGUGGUGGUGACUGGUUUUGGGCCCUUCCGGCAGCACUUGGUGAAUUCCAGCUGGGAAGCAGUGAAGGAGCUCUCCAAGCUGGGCCUGGGGAAUGACACAGUGGUGCAGCUGCGGACUCUGGAGCUGCCUGUAGACUACAGGGAGGCUAAGCAGAGGGUCACCGGAAUCUGGGAAGAUCAUCAGCCACAACUCGUCGUGCAUGUGGGCAUGGACACCUGCGCCAAGGCGAUCAUUCUGGAACAGUCUGGCAAGAACCAAGGCUACCAGGACACCGACAUCCGGGGCUUCCGGCCAGAGGGCGGCGUGUGCCUACCUGGCGGCCCAGACAUGUUGGAGUCAGGGGUCUGCAUGAAGGCAGUCUGCAAGCACGUAGCUGUGGAGGAUGUCGAGGUGCUAUUUUCUCGAGAUGCAGGCAGAUACGUCUGUGAUUAUACCUAUUACCUCUCUCUGCAUCAUGGAAAGGGCUGCGCGGCACUCAUUCAUGUCCCUCCACUAUCGCGUGGGCUCCCAGCCAGCCUGCUGGGAAGAGCCUUGCAAGUCAUCAUCCAGGAAAUGCUGGAAGAGGUGGGAAAGCCUGAGUGCAAAGCCCGGUUCGAAGAAAACUCAACCAUGGUGCUACCAGCCAAAGGGAACUGACCGGGGCAUUGCUCCUUUAGAGAAGAUCAAACGUUUCAAUCCUGUGUGUAGCAUUCAGCUGUGCAUUGAGAAACUUUUUCAAAAAUUGCUUGUAAGACAAAGAGGGGGAAAAACUUUUUGUGAUUUUGUUGGGCUACUUUAUUGUCGGGAGAAAGAACACUCUGAAAGGUGGACAUUUCACUGGAUGAACUAGCUUCAGUUACGGUUUUCAUGACAAUAAAAUGAAAUCCAAGUCA